AUGGCGACCUCAAGCUCGACAGAAUGGUGGCAACGAGUUCUAACGUGGACAUCCCUACUCGCGAAUAGUAGUAAUAUCGCAGCAGUCAUUGAUGUCGAACCAAUGGCAGCUUUCUCACUGGAUCCUCCACAACCUCAAUACAUUCCUCCUGCUAGUAUUGACCAUGGCGCCCCGCUGAUACCCAACAUCGAAGAUCCCCUUGCUAUUGAUGCUCAAACAGUCUGUCCUGGCUACAUACUCAGCCGCCUCGAUACAAGUCCAUCCAGCUUGACCGCACACCUCACUCUGGCCGGCGAGCCUUGCAACCUCUAUGGCGACGAUAUCCACGACCUUGACCUUACUGUCGAGUAUCAAGCAAAGUCACGACUGCAUAUCAACAUCAAGCCAUCCUACACUACCGCCGUGAACGAGUCUUGCGAUUUCGACUUUAGCUGGACUAAUUACCCUACCUUUGGUUUCAACAUUACGAGGAUAGCCACAGAUGAGAUUGUCUUUUCAACUGACGGUGCUCGUUUGGUGUAUGAAAAUCAGUUCAUCGAGUUUGUCACAUCCAUGGAUAGCGGUUACAACAUGUACGGUCUUGGUGAAGCUUUUCGAGGUCUACGUCUGCAACCUGGUCUGACCAGAACAAUCUAUGCCGCCGACACUGCAGAUCCGAUCGACAGAAACAUGUAUGGAAGCCAUCCCUUCUACCUCGAGACCAAAUACUACAAACUAGACUCAGCUACCGGAACACAACGUCUCCUUACCAGCAGUGACCACAUCGAUGCAGCGACAAGAUACACGUCCAAUUCCCACGGGGUCUAUUUGAGAAAUGCUCACGCUCAAGAAAUCCUCAUGCACGACACGAACACAACUUGGCGGGCUCUAGGUGGUGAAAUUGACCUUUACUUCUUCUCGGGACCAUCGCAGCCCGAAGUCACAAGCCAGUACCUACACCAGAUCGGUCUACCUGCGAUGCAACAGUAUUGGACUUUCGGCUACCACCAAUGUAGAUGGGGAUAUGCUAACUGGUCAAUGACAGAAGAGACUGUCGACACUUUUGCUAAAUUUGGUCUACCACUGGAGACUAUUUGGAACGACAUUGACUACAUGAAGGGCUAUCGAGACUUCGAAAACGAUCCUAUACGCUUCCCAUACGCUGAUGGUGCUCGAUUCCUCAGCAAGUUGCACAAGAACGGACAGCAUUACGUGCCGAUAGUGGAUGCGGCAAUCUACAUACCCAACCCCGAGAACGUCUCCGAUGCAUACCAAAUAUUCGAGGAUGGCAGAGACAGUGACUGUUUCUUGAAGAAUCCCGAUGGCUCCUUGUACAUUGGACAAGUUUGGCCCGGCUAUACUGUGUUUCCGGAUUGGCUCACCUCUCGUGCCAGUGCGUGGUGGCAAAAGUCGGUGUCAGAUUGGUACAACAAGAUUCCAUUUGACGGGCUGUGGAUUGACAUGAGCGAAGUGUCUUCGUUCUGUGUUGGUUCUUGCGGAUCUGGACAGUUGGAAAGGAACCCCGUACAUCCAUGGUUUAAAAUUGAGGGUGAAGAGUGUGAGGUUGUCUACGAUUAUCCCGAGGGCUUCAACGUGACAAAUGUGACCGCCGCCGCAGUGGCCUCGAUAGCAUCGUCGGCACAAGCUGCAUCGUGCUCAUCGACUUCGGCUCCUACCUCAACCACGACAAACUACCUCCGUACGAAACCGACUCCGGGACUUCGCAAUGUUGACCAUCCACCCUAUGUGAUCGACCAUGUCCAUGGCGAUCUUGCGGUACAUGCAGUCGCACCAAAUGCGACUCACUACAACGGUGUUCAAGAGUACGAUGUUCACAGUCUCUACGGUCACUUAUUACUCAGGAAUACCUACUCAGCCAUCCUCAAUACCAAUCCUACUGUACGACCCUUCAUCAUCGGCCGAUCGAACUUCGUAGGCAGUGGAAACUAUUCUGGCCAUUGGGGUGGCGAUAAUCGAGCACAAUUCCGACAUAUGUACUGGUCAAUUCCGCAGGCUCUAUCAUUCUCGUUGUUUGGUAUUCCAAUGUUCGGCGUUGAUACCUGUGGCUUUAUUGGAAAUACAGACGAAGAACUUUGUAAUAGGUGGAUGCAGCUGUCAGCCUUCUUUCCUUUCUAUCGCAAUCACAACAGCAUUGGCAGUCUACCUCAGGAACCAUACCAGUGGGCUAGUGUUGUCGAAGCGACAAAGACUGCGAUGGACAUACGCUUCCAGCUGUUACCAUACAUGUACACUUUGUUUCACUAUGCUCAUUCUCGUGGCGAUACGGUCAUGCGAGCUCUGGCUUGGGAAUUUCCAAAUGAUCCAUACCUGAUCGAUGCAGACCGACAAUUCUUCCUCGGUCCUGCCAUCCUAGUCAUACCUGUAUUGACACAGGGCUAUACUACUGUGGACGGUGUCUUCCCUGGUCUCAUGGAAGGAACAGAGGUCUAUUACGACUGGUACAAUCAGACUUCAGUGCCCGGCACAGCCAGGAAGAACACUACUAUUGAGGCACCACUGGGUCAUAUCCCGGUGUACAUACGUGGUGGCCACGUUCUCGCGACCCAGGCGAUGCGCAUGACAACUCGCGAUGCUCGAACGGGUGACUGGAGUCUCAUCAUUGUCAUGGAUCACGCUGGUCGUGCUAAUGGCACGCUGUACCUUGACGACGGAGUCAGUAUCGAGCCCAGCGCUACGAAGCUCGUCACUUUUGGUGCACAGGCUGCAGUAUCCGAGAUCAAUGGACAAAAUGUUACAAAGAUACGACUCGAUGUCUUUGUUGAAGGAAGCUACACCGGCUUGGAUCUACCAAUAGCGAACAUCACAGUGCUGGGAGUGAAUGCACCACCGGCAGGCAAGGACGUGUUGAUCAAUGGAAAUGUCGUGAAUGGAAGAGGCACAACGGCUGCGAUGGACUAUGUCGCUGAGAACGAAAAGAUAGUCAUUCGCGGGCUGCGAAGUGUGCUUGGAGGUCACGCGUGGAGAUCAGGAUGGAGCUUGACAAUCUGA